GAUUCGCCCAAUUCAAUCAAGAAAUUCUUGAAGGUUUGUUUAUUUUUUUACUUUUAUCUGCGGAAUUUGUGUGUUUGAUUUUUUUUAAUUCAUACUGAUAGUAAUUUUCUUGCAAUUUAACAGAUUUAUGCAAGAAUUCAACAUAUUGUUUUUAUGUUUUAAUUUAGGGUUAAUAUGUAGUUAGUUUCGAUCAAGGCUGUAUUUUAAUUACUUUUUAAUUUCUAUUGGUUUUCUUAGUCAUUUAUAUUGCAUAUAGAUUCUAGUUGUUUUAUAUUUCUGCUUAUUACAACAGAGAUGCUGAUGUUGUUGUUUAAUUGCUGUUUAAAUUUCAAUGCUUUUACAAAAUCAUCAAUAAUAAUUCACUUGCACAGUUGUGAUUUGCGUUGGCCGAGUUUUUCAUAGAACCGUAGCUUAAAUUUCCACCCCUUUAAUUUUUAUUCUCUGUUUUGGGUGGGAUUUUUGUUGAUGAGCUUCUGCGAUUGCGGUGGUGUUGGUAACUGCAGACUGUUGUGCGGGUUCUUUAGCAUUGGAUAUAGGAAGACUAGCAGGAGGAUAUGGAAUGGGUGCCUUCUCCUAUGUGGUACCUGUUUACAUUGCGGAAAUAUCACCUGUAAAUCUCCGAGGAGCACUUACAACAUUAAACCAGGUCAUGAUCUGUACUGGCGUCUCAGUGGCGUUUAUAAUAGGGAUAGUUUUAUCAUAGAGGACUUUAGCAUUAACUGGACUUGUUCCAUGUGCUGUUCUGCUUUUGGGUUUAUGCUUCAUUCCAGAAUCUCCAAGAUGGAUGGCGAAAAUAGGAUCUCAAAAGGAGUUUGAAGCUGCAUUUCAGAAACUUCGUGGCAAGGAUGCAGAUAUAACCCAUGAGGCUGCUGAGAUUCAAGAUUACAUAGAAGAACUCGAAAAGAUGCCCAAAGCUAAUAUGUUUGACUUGUUUCAAAAGAGGUAUCUACGUUCUGUAACGGUAACUCUUGAGAUCCCUUGGGUCAAGUGGGAAGAUGGGUGGACAUGGGAAGUGAAGGCACAAUUGAUGGAAGCUGUUGAGUGGCCUCAAAAGCACCAGGAUGCAUUCGAGCGAAUUGGAACCUGCCCACCAACAGGAGUGUUGUUGUUUGGUCCCCCCUGGAUGCAGCAAAACGCUCAUGGCCCGUCCUGUAGCUUCUGAGGCAGGACUGAAUUUUCUGGCUGUCAAGUGUCCAGAGUUAUUCAGCAAGUGGGUUGAUGAAUCUGAGAAGGCUGUUAGAUCUCUUUUUGCCAAAGCAAGAGCUAACGCGCCAUCAGUUAUAUUUUUUGAUGAAAUAGACAAUCUUGUUGUCAUCCGUGGAAAGGAAAGUGAUGGUGUUUCAGUUGCAGAUAGGGUCAUGAGUCAACUUUUGGUUGAAUUGGAUGGUCUACAUGGAAGAGUUAAUGUUACUGUUAUUGCUGCUACAAAUCGUCCUGACAAGAUUGAUCCUGCCCUUCUUAGACCAGGGUGGUUUGAUCGACUCCUAUAUGUUGGACCCCCUAGUGAAAUAGAUCGUGUUGACGUAUUUCAUGUUCAUUUGCGUAAAAUGCCUUGCGGUUUUGAUGUUGAUGUAAGCGAGCUGGCUCAUCUCACUGAAGGUUGUACUGGUGCUGACAUAUCUUCGAUCUGCAGGGAAGCAGCAAUUUCAGCAAUUGAAGAGAACCUAAAUUGUUCAGAAGUAAAGAUGGAGCACUAAAAGACUGCAAUUCUUCGUGUACACCCAUCAGAGAUUCAACCUUAUCAAGAAUUGUCGGACAAGUUUCAGCGGCUUGUACAUUCCAAGUCUCCAUCAGAGGCAUGUGUACAUCAACUUAAUAGACCAAAGGAGUUAUCAUCCUGAUUAUUGAUGAUUCAAGUGGUAAUAGUAAAAUGUAGAUCAAGAGAUGAACACGUUGUCUUGAAGCUACGCUAG